AUGGUUAUUGCCAAUCAUAUAGUGGAUAAAAUAGCUGUCUAUUUAGGAUAUGGUGAUGGAACUUUUAGAGAUCCAACCAUGUACUCAACAGGUUCCUACUCUAGCCCUUACAUGGUCACAGUUGGUGAUUUCAACAAUGACAACCAAUUGGAUAUAGCAGUAGCGAAUUUUCGCACCAACAAUGUCGGUAUCUUCUAUGGAGUUGGAAAUGGAUCUUUCUGCAGUCAAAUAGAGAUUUCAACAGGCUCAUCUCAUCCAAUAGCAAUUAUUGCCAUUGAUCUCAACAAUGACUCACUAGUUGAUAUUGUCACCGCCUAUUACGGAACUAACAGUAUUAGUAUACUUUAUGGAUAUGGCAGUCGAAAUUUUUCGUUUCCGAUUACAUAUACGACAGGUUACGAUUCUCUUCCAUCCUCAUUAGCUGCUGGAGAUUUCAAUAACGACAAAUACUUAGAUCUUGCCAUUGCAAAUUAUGGUACGAAUAAUGUUUUUAUUCUUUUUGGAAAUAUCAACGGAACUUUUGAAAAAAACGUUACGUUUUCAACGGGUCUUUAUUCUCAUCCAUACUCCAUUGCGGUGGGCGAUUUCAAUACUGACAACUUUCUCGAUAUAGCUGUCGCAAAUUCGGGAACUCAUCAAAUAGGUGUACUUAUAAAUAAUGGCAAUGAAACUUUCGCUAAUCUGGUCACUUAUAGUAUUGGUUCUGUUUCUCCAUAUGCAAUUAAUGUUGUAGACUUCAACCAAGAUAAUCAAUUAGAUAUUGUCAUCACUAAUAACGGUAUUGAAAAUAUAGGUAUACUUCUUGGACUGCGAAACGGUAUUUUUGAAAAUCCAAUCAUGCAUUCAACUGGAUCUUAUUCUUCUAUAUCAGUCGCAAUAGGUGACCUGAACAAGGACAAUCGAUUAGAUAUAAUCGUCGUAAACAAUGAUACUGAUAGUAUUGAUAUUCUUCUUGGUCAAUAUGAGGGCUUUUUAUAUCAAAUAAGGUAUUCAGUUGACUCUGGUCCACGGUCUGUAGCUAUUGGUGAUUUUAACAAUGACAUUCAACUAGAUAUUGUUACUGCUAGUCUCGACAGCAAUAGUGUCAGUGUCCUUCUUGGAUACGGGAAUGGCUCUUUUGCAAGAGCAACAAGCUAUUCAAUUGAUUCUUCUUCAUGGUCUGUAGCUGUUGGUGAUUUCAACAAUGACAAUCAACUAGAUAUUGUUGUUGCCAAUCAAAACAGUGACGACGUCAGUAUCCUUCUUGGAUAUGGGAAUGGCUCUUUUGCAACUGCAAUCAAUAUUUCAGUUGGUAAGGGCCAAGAAUAUGUAGCUGUUGCAGAUUUCAACAAUGAUACGCGACCAGAUAUCGUUGUCACCCAUUGGUAUAGUAGUCGUGUGAGUGUCCUUCUUGGCUAUGGAAAUGGUUCUUUUGCAACUGCAGCAAAUUAUACAGUUGGUUCUUCUCCAAAAUCUGUAGCUGUUGGUGAUUUCAACAAUGACAAUCAACUAGAUAUUGUUGUUGCCAAUCAAUACAGUGACGACGUCAGUCUCCUUCUUGGAUAUGGGAAUGGCUCUUUUGCAACUGCAACCAAUGUUUUAGCUGGUAAUGGCCAAGAAUAUGUAGCUGUUGCAGAUUUCAAUAAUGAUACUCGACUAGAUAUCGUUGUCACCCAUUAUGGUGGGUAUGAUGUAAGUGUUCUUCUUGGAUAUGGGAAUGGUUCUUUCGCAAAAGAAACACGCUAUUUAGCUGGCGCUAAUACAGGAUCUAUAGCUGUUGAUGAUGUUAACAAUGACAAUCGGCUAGAUCUCGUUGUUAGUAGGUGGUCUGAAAAUGAUGUAAUUGUCCUCCUUGGAUAUGGUAAUGGUUCUUUUGGGACUGCAACAAAUUAUUCAGCUGGUUCUUAUCCAUAUUCUGUAGCUAUUGGUGAUUUCAACAAUGACAGUUGGCUAGAUAUCGUUGUCGCCAAUUCUGGCAGCAAUGAUUUGAGCGUCUUGCUGCAAUAUCACAGAGGAGCAGUUCUGAAUGAAAUAACCUAUGCAUCUGGUGGUGGAUCUAACAUACAGUACAUAGUCAGCGGUGAUUUGAAUGAAGACAACAAUAUGGAUAUCGUCUUGGCCAAUUACGGUACUAAUAAUGUUAACCUUCUUUUUGGACACGGCAAUGGUAGUUUCGAAAGUCCAAUAAUGCUUAGCACUGGUUCAAACUCUCGUCCGACUGCAGUUACUAUCGGUGACUUCAAUGGCGACAGUGUGGCAGACAUCGCUGUUGCAAAUAAUGGUGUAAAACAAGUAGGUAUUAUCCUGGGAAACGGGAAUGGAACAUUUGCCAAUCAGACAAGUGAAGGAAUUAGUUUUGAUUCACGUCCGUUGGCUGUGGCUUCUGGUGAUUUUAAUAAUGAUAAACGAUCAGAAAUCGCGAUUGUUUACGCUGACAGUGAUAAUGUGGAUAUUUAUUUUGCAUACAAUCGUGGAGUUUUUGCGAAAAAAGCCGAUUACUUAGGUGGCUAUCGUCCAUCAUCAGUAGCCAUUGGUGAUUUCAACAACGAUAAUAGAUUAGAUAUUGUUGUUGCUAAUUCGGGUAGUGACGAUGUGAGUGUUUUUCUUGGGUAUGGUGAUGGUUCUUUUGCAGAAGAAACAAGAUAUUUGACUGGCGAUGGUCCAAUGUCUGUAGCUCUUGGGGAUUUUAAUAAUGACAAUCGAUUAGAUCUCGUUGUUGCCAAUUGGAAUAAUGAUGAUGUGACCGUUCUUCUUGGAUAUGGAAACGGUUCUUUUGCAAACAGAACAAAUUAUAUAGUUGGUUCUUCUCCAGCAUCUGUAGCUGUUGGUGAUUUCAACAACGACACUCGACCAGAUAUCGUUAUUGCCAAUUAUGACAGCUACGAUGUAAGUGUCCUUCUUGGAUAUGGGAAUGGAUCUUUUGGAAAUACGACGUAUUAUUCAACUGGUUAUGGUUCAGGAUAUGUAGCUAUUGGUGAUUUCAAUAAUGAUAGCCGACUAGAUAUCGUCACUGCCAAUACAGAUGGCGAAGAUGUGAGUGUCCUUCUGGGAUAUGGGGAUGGCUCUUUUACAACUUCAACGAACUAUGCAGCUGGUUCCUUUCCAACUUCUGUAGCAGUUGGUGAUUUUAACAGCGAUAAUCGAUUAGAUAUAGUUGUCGCCAGUGGAAAUAAUGUGAGCGUCUUUCUUGGAUAUGGAAAUGGUUCUUUUGCAGAAGAAACAAAGUUUUCAGCUGGCAGUGGACCAUGGUCUGUAGAUGUUGGUGAUUUCAAUAAUGACAGUCGGCUCGAUAUAGUUGUCACCAACCUUGAAAGCAAUGAUGUGAGUGUCCUUCUGGGACAUGGGGAUGGCUCUUUUGCCACAGCAACAAGUUAUUCAACAGGCUCUAGUUCAGAAUUUGUAGCUGUUGGCGAUUUCAACAACGAUACUCGACUAGAUAUCGUUGUCGUCCGGUCAGAUACCAAUGAUAUGAGUGUGAUACUAGGGGAUGAGUAUAUAGUUUUUGUAAAGCAAAUAACACUCAUAAAUGAAAAUGGUUCCCGACCAGAGUCAUUAGUGAUUAGCGAUUUUAACAAUGAUAAUCUAAUGGAUAUCGGUAUAGCCAAUACACACACCCACAAUAUUGGUAUUUUUCUUGGAUAUGGCAAUAUCUCGUUUACCAAUCAAGUUUGA